AUGUCUCAAUCUCAAGUCACCGUUCAUACGUCUGAGAUUGAUAUAACAAAUCUGCCUACCAAGUCGGUGACCUUCGCGCCGAAUACGGCCACUGUCACUAGGGAGAUUGAAGGCAUCCAGAUCAAAUCUGGUGCAAAUGAAAUCACCAUUCUGGGACUCGAUCCUAGUAUUGACCCGGACUCUGUUCGAGUAGAGGGUUACGGCCUGGCUACCAUCACCGAUAUUCAAACAGAAACUAUCCCUCGGAAGCAGCAGUUCGAGGAUCAAUAUCCUGAUCUUGUAGAAGAAGUUGAUCUUGAUUCCGACGAUGACUCAAAGCUCUCUGAUGAUGACUACGGAGUCGACAAGAGCGCUGUCAAUACUGCCAAGUCAGAGCUACAAGCUGCAGAGCAAACUUUGGCCGGGUUUCAAAAUAGCCAGGACACCGCUGUCAAGGUUCUUGGCUUUCUGGACCACUACGGCCAAAGCAUUAAACCCGAGGAGGUGGACGUUGCAAAAAUGUCCGACUUUUUGGCUGUCUAUCGAGAGCAACGCACGUCGGAGAGCAAAACAUAUCAGGGAUCGUCCACAAAUAUUACUCUUUGGACUGAGAAAGUGUCAAGUGCUCGUGAAAAGUUCAAUCGUGCUGAGGCAGCCUUCAAAAAAGCAAGAGAUGCUGCCUCGCGUGAUAUCCGUCGACAAAAAGAGAAGAAACAACGCGAAAAGCAGCAGAAGCUCUUGGAAAAACGGCGUAUAAUUCAACAACGUCGCAGAUUCUGGACAAAUAACGUGGGUCAGGUUAUCGUUCAUCUUGAUCGUUCAUCAGACUUUACGCCUGGCCCAAGCAGGAGACAGUCUAUGACAUCAGUCACCGAAGCAAGUGCCGAUUCUAAACCUUCCAAGCCGCUUGAUGAGGAUUCUAUCAACCUUCGUCUUACAUAUGUCGUACCUGGUGCUAGAUGGGCACCUCGCUACGAGUUGAAAAUCAGCACACCAAAGUCCUCGGCUGAUUUGGUAUACAGAGCGGAGUUCGAGAAUACAACUUCCGAGACAUGGAAGAAUGCUAAAAUAACAUUUUCGACUUCGCAAACUUCUUUCUCUGGGUUAGAAGAGAAAAUUCCAAUACUCGAACCUUGGCAUGUGAAACUCGGAAGUGCGUUCGGAGUGACUUUGAAGAACGGUAUUUCUGACAGCAGUAUGCAAAGUAGAAAAGAGAUUAUGGCGAACAACCCUUCGGCGUUCGUUCAUAGGAAGAUUAAAAAAGAUCUCAACGUACCACUAGUUAGUGCUUCCGCGCGUGCUGCUCCUACAGGUUUCGGUAACACUACCAACACUACCGGCGGUUUUGGUUCAGUGAGUAACACUGCGGUAUCGCUAUUUGGAAGCGCAGCACCGCUGCGGCAAGUGCAACAACAACAACAACAACAACAAGUGCAACCACCUUUCGCGGAUCAUUUGAGAUCAGCACCUCCUCCACCACCUGCGCCACUUGGUAGAGCCCAUCCAAGACUACUUUCCAGAGCGGAAAAUCAAGAGGCAAAGCCCGAGUCAGACAAUGAUUCCGAGGACGACGGUGAUGCCAUGACGAUGAUCUUAGAGAAUCUUUCAAUUGCACACCAAGAUUCUGUUCGUCAAGACUACGGUCUUACUACGACAUAUGAUCUCCCAGGACAGCGUACACUGGAGCCAUCUGCAGUUCAGCGACGCCAUGUCAUUGCUGAGCUUCAUUUAACAUCGGUGACACUUUCACAUGUGCUGAUUCCCAAGCUCCGACGCGCAGCCUUCCUCAAAGCGCGAAUUACCAACACCACAUCGGUCAGUCUGCUUCGGGGUAAGGCCGGUAUGACUGUUGAUGGCACAUUCUUGGGUUCGACAACCCUCUCGAGCUGCGAGCCACGCCAAUUUAUCGACCUAUCUCUUGGUGUUGAUCCGUCCGUGUUGGUAUCGUAUGCUAAACCGWCUGCGCGCCGAGCCACCACGGGAUUCUUUAGCAAGGAGGACUCCGCUAUUUUCACGCGUAGCUGUUGGAUCAAAAACACCAAGAAGAAUGCUGUCUCGAUUACCGUCUUUGAUCAGGUUCCCGUCAGUGAGGAUGAAAAUCUCCGCAUCAACAUUAUUGAGCCCAAGGGACUGGAUAAGGAGAACGAUACGGCAGAUCUAAAAGAGCUGUUGAAGAAGGGAGAAAACGGCAAGGGAGAUGUUCUACUAGGAAAGAACGGUCAGAUCAAAUGGAAUAUUACCCUCAAACCAGGCAAAGACAUCAAGUUGGUGUUGGAAUAUGAAAGUCGUAUACCCAGUGGACAGCAGAUCAUUGGUUUAGACUGA